AUGGACAGAGACACGGGGACAGACAGAGGCACCCCAGGAGAUGCCACUUACCCCCGCACCCCCCUCGUAGGCGCCUUCCUGGUGCACGUGGCCAGCUCCUGCCCGCUGGCGGCCAACGGCUCCGUGCUGGAUUUUGACUUCGCCCUCAUCUUCAACAAGAACCCGCUGGUCUGCUACGACCCCGCCGCCCAGCGCUUCGUCCCCUGCGACUGGGGGCUGCUCCACCCCCACGCCACCCGCCUCGCCGCCCUCCUCAACAACGGCACCGCCUGGGUGGAGCGCGUCGAAGCCCGGCGCCACGCUUGCCAACACCUGGCCGCCCGCUUCUGGGCCUCCGCGGCGCUGCGGCGGACGCCACCCCAAGUCCGCAUCAUCCCCUCCAAGACGGACAACCCCCGGGCGUCUGUCCGCCUCACCUGCCACGUCUGGGGCUUCUACCCGGCCGAGGUGACCGUCAUCUGGCUGCGCAACGGGGACAUCGUGGGCCCCGGUGACCACCCCCCCAUCUCCGCCAUCCCCAAUGGUGACUGGACCUACCAGACGCAGGUGACCCUGCUGGUGGCCCCGGUGGCCGGGGACACCUUCACGUGCUCGGUGCAACACGCCAGCCUGGACCAGCCCCUCCUGGAGGACUGGAGUCCCGGCUUGUCCCCGGGCUUGACGUUGAAGGUGGCUGCGGCCACCGUGGUGAUGGCGUCGGGGCUCGGCUUCUUCAUCGCCGGUGUCUACCGCUACUGGGCCAUGCCACCGGCACCAGGUUACACUCCCCUCCCCGGAGACAACUACCCUGCAGUCAGCGGCAGCUUCACUGGACUGCCCCGACUUCUCAAACAUGAUGGAGAGUGGCUUCACAACUUCAUCCCCCAGUUCCCUUAG